AUGCCUCCUUACCGACUUGUGUAUGGGAAAGCUUGUCAUCUACUUGUGGAAUUGGAGCACCGAGCAUAUUGGGCCAUCAAGCAACUGAAUUUUGAUCUCACCAAGGCCGGCUCUCAAAGGAAGCUCCAGCUCAAUGAAUUAGAGGAGCUGCGAAAUGAUGCUUACGACUCUGCCGAGCUGUACAAAACUCAGAUGAAGAAGGCCCACGACCAAAACAUUUUGCGAAGAUCUUUUGAAGUUGGUCAGAAGGUCCUCCUAUACAAUUCACGUCUGCAUCUAUUCCCAGGGAAGCUAAAAUCUCGAUGGACUGGACCAUUCUUAGUUCGUACAGUUUUCACUCAUGGAGCCAUUGAGAUAGAAGAUCCAAAGAAUGGAGACACUUUCAAGGUAAAUGGUCAACGGCUGAAACGGUUUCUAGAGUUGAAGAUCCUUGAGAUUGAAGAAAUGCCCUUGGAGGACCCAACUUAUCCUCACUGA